AUGACUACUCUUGGUUCCGUCCGUGGGCACAAGGCGCGGGUCACCAGGUCCACCAACUUAGUCGCCAGAUAUCAGCAGGUGAUCACGCCGACUGCGAGCGGUGCCAUGCCAUCGUGGGCGUUGGUUUUCCUUACACCGCCGAAGAGGCUGGAAAGCGUGGAACCGUUCAUGCACCACUGGCAGAGGCAGGACCCAUUAACAUGUUUACUGCGAUCUAAUGUGUACAAUCUUCUUCAGCGGGACAAAGCGCAGGGUCUUGGCGCCGCCAGAAAUGCCCCGCAUGAACUUGUUCUAGUGGCCGACGCCGCCACCUUUCCGAGGGAUGGUGGAUGUUCUGUGACCUCUCGGUGCGCCAUUCUGUGGAUCUUUUUUUCCAAGGUUCUCUGCGAAAACGGGCUUGGCCUGGUCUUCGACUCUGGGCAGUCCAUCGCCAAAGAGCCCUGCGCCAUCACUCGCUUCCUUCCCGCAUUUCGCCCGGCCGCCUUCCUCCGCAUCUUCCCUCGUCGUGUGCCCUCUUUCUUCAACUUUGCCAGUUCCUCGUGCAUAUUAUCAUUGUACAAUUCCCGCUUCGGCGACUGCGAAGUCCUUCUGAACAUGGCAGAGCGCUUCCAUACAUGA